AUGAAGGACAAAGAGGAAGCGGACUUGAUUCUUGAGUUUCAAAAUUUAACCCACCUAGAAUUGGGCUAUUCGGAUUAUACUAGGGAUUGGGUUAAGGGCUUAGAAGUGAUCAAGCGUUGCCCCAAUCUUCAAAUUCUUGACAUUGAUAUGGGGAGUAUUGACAUGAAUGCUAGAGGCGAUGAAGGAGCAGAUUGGCUCAAGGAAUGGGGAUUUGAUAAAGGUUGGGGCAACACUGCAGGAAGGGUUAAAGAGACAAUGAAAUUGCUUUAUGAGGUACUAGAAUCAGCAGAUCCACUGAAAUUGGAAUCACUUUUUAGCAGGCUUCCAAACAUGUUCAACAUAGUUAUCCUCUCUAUUCAUGGAUACUUUGGCCAAGCAGAUGUCCUAGGAUUGCUAGACACUAGAGGCCAGGUGGUAUAUAUUCUUGAUCAAGUAAGGGCCUUAGAGGAAGAACCACUCCAUAAGAUUGAGCUGCACAUCCUUGACGUGAAGCCUCAAAUUCUUGUGGUAAGCUACUAUCACUACUACAAAAAGUAG